AUGGCUGCAGUGCAGGAAGAGGAGACUGUUAAUGAGGUGCCCACUAUCUCCGCUCAAACCAUUAUCGUAAUCCAUCCAGGCUCCUUAAAUUUAAGAAUUGGCUUAGCAUCUCAUCAUCAACCCAUUACUAUUCCUCAUGUAAUUGCACGUCGAUGUAAGAAUAAGAAGUUAAAACGAAGUAGAAAGAAUCACUUCCGACGCGAUGGCUAUAAGGAUACUGAAAGCAACCAUCUGAUGGAGGCUGCAUUAGCUAACAUAAAUCACGCCUUGCGCUCGCAUAGAUCAAAUUAUGGAAUAAAAUCGCAACACUAUACAAUCCUUACACAUAAUAAAAAUGUCAAGUGUGAAAUGGUUGCUCAGGAUCCUGAAAAGUUAUUAACAUGGAAUGAUGUUAACGAUCAACCAGAUUUUGUUGUUGGUCCUGCGGCACUAUAUAUUGAAGAAAGUGAGCCGUAUGAACUGUUUUGGCCAAUAAAAUUUGGACAAAUUAAUAGACAUAAGGGAAUUAGUGGUUCUGUUACCGCUAUAUUUUCUGACUUGGCUGAUAUUUGGAAAGCGGCUAUAGAAGGUUAUUUGGAUAUUCCAGCAACGGAUUUUGAGAAUUACAAAGCUUUAGUUUUAAUACCUGAUAUUUAUGACAGAAGCUUAUUUAAACACUAUGCUGAUUUGUUGCUAAAUACCCUGGGAUUUUCUGGAAUGUUUCUUUAUCAAGAAUCUGUUGCCGCCUCCUUUGGAGCUGGUUUUCCGAGUGCCUGUGUAGUAGAUAUAGGAGAUCAAAAAGCUAGUAUCUGUUGUAUCGAUGAUGGAAUAUCUAUUCCUGAAACUAGGUUAAGGAUUAGUUACGGUGGUAAAGAUAUAACCCGGUGUUUCUACUAUCUAUUGGAUAAGAUCUAUUUCCCUUACCGAGACCUCAGUCCUUACAAUCAUUUAGAUUUAAUAUUAAUAAAGCACCUAAAAGAAGAUUUAUGUCACUUAGACCCGACAAUUCCAGGCGGAGCUAUUCAUGAUUUUAUUGUUGCUAAACCCGAUUGUGAUGAGUUACAUUACUCUAUCCGGUUGGGCGAUGAAUUAUUGCAGGCACCAUUAGCCUUAUUUUAUCCAUCGUUAAUGGGAAUAAUUGACGAGGAUAUUAUAACAACCCAACCAUCAGUACCAUUUGAUAGUGAAGAUAUCAUGGAUGAUCCUAGUUUACUAGAGAGUACUCAGUCCCAAAGCGGAAAAGUAGGACCAAAAUCGUCAUCAGCGAAUCAGUCAAAUUCAGCUACUCCAACUCCCGAAACUCCUCAAACUGCUAACUCGUUAUCCAAUAAUUUGAGUGAUAAGAAUAUAGUUUCAAUUGACCAAGCCAUUGUAUAUAGCAUAGAUAGCUGCCCUACCGAUGAAUUGAAGAAGAAAGCUCUGUCAUCCAUUUUACUAGUUGGUAAAGGGUUUAUGUUUGACAAUGCAGCAUUUUUUCUGCAAGCUCGUAUUCGAUCUAAGUUACCUACAGGUCUAAAAAAAUACGCUGAACAAAUUGACGUAACUGGAAAAGUCCGAGAUAUGGAUCCUGGCGUUGUCGCCUGGAAAGGAGCUGCUGUACUUAGUUGUUUAGAUAGUGCUCAAGAACUAUGGAUCUCUCCUGAAGAGUGGAAUAAGUAUAGAAUUCAAAUCCUUCGUGAGCGUUCUCCGUUUGUUUGGUGA